AUGAUGAAUCGCCAAUGCUACGAUGACGUCGUCGGUAUGACGAAGGGCAAAAUUGCGACCUACGGUGUGGUCAUGCAGAUUUUGCAGCAGAACCUUGGAACACUGAAGUACUUGGGGCAGGGCCCCAUGGACAAGUGCUAUGAGGGCAUGACACGGAUCAACGAGGGCAACCUGAAGGGCCUUUGGAAGGAGGAGCGAAUAAUCAAGCUGGGCGGCCUGAAUGUUGUCGCUGACAUCGCCACUGGCGGAAAAGCAGCUGCCACCAAAAAGGUUCUCCAGUUCGACGGCAUGGCGUCGGUUCCUGCCGUGAAGGCCUUCAACAAAUGCUCGAGCCAGCCCAAUGUGGGCUACCUCUUCGUGUACACGAACAAGUACUGGAGCUCUGACAAGAGCGAUGUGGAUUUGGAUGGCUUCUCCAAGUUCAAGGAGAAGAUGCAAAAGAUCAAGGACCAGAAGAAAAAGGAAGCGGAGAAGGCGAAGCAAGAGCAGCAGGCGGCGCAGGUGGCGGGUGCCCCAACAGAACAGGUCAUGCUCAGCCGCCUCAUCCCGUUUGCGCUGAUCGCACAGUGCGAUGCCUACGCACGCGUGUCGAUCCCUGUCCCCGGGCAGGUGAUGGGAGGAGAGAGCUUCGAGAUCCAUGCUGAGAUGAUGAAGGAGGUACACAGUGGACUGGGCAAGCUCGAGGUGCUCGGAGAGUGCUGUGCCGAUCCAGGUGAAGCGAACGAGGUGUCGGACGCGAUCAACAGCAACCAGGUGUAUGGCAAGAUGAAGGAGGUCGACAAGGAGAUUUUCAAGGUGGGCAGCACCCAGUGCCGCCAGAUGAGGGAGUUUGAGCAGAAGAACCAAGCCAACAAAGGUUGCUCCUAUUUCUUCGUCUUUGAGAACACCAAGCAUGCUGACCACGGCUAUGCAGCGAAUUGCGUGCCGGCGCAGAUGUGCAAAGAUGACGUCGUGGGCAUGACGAAGGGCAAGGUCGCUACCUACGGCGUGGUCAUGCAGAUUUUGCAGCAGAACUUGGGAGGGUUGAAGUACAUCGGGAAAGGCCCUCUCGGCAAGUGCCUGGAAGGCAUGACAGCAAUCAACGAGGGCAAGCUUCAGGGACUUAUGAAGGAGGAGCGCAUCGUCAAACUCGGCGGCCUAAAUAUUUUGGCAGACAUCGCUUCGGAGGGGAAAGCUGCCGCCAUGAAGAAGACUUUCCAGUUUGAUGGUAUGGAGAAAAUUCCAGCCGUCAAGAGCUUCAACAAAUGCGUUGACGAUGCCAGCGUGGGUUACCUCUUCGUCUUCGGGAACAAGUAUUGGAGCGGUGACAAGAGCGACCUCGACCUCGGUGCCUUUGCGGAGAAGAAGGAGAAGCUGACCAAGAUCAAGGUGGAGAAGAAGAAGGCAGCCGACCAGGCAAAAGCCGAACAGGCCCAGGCGGCGGCGGCGGCGGCAGAGGCCGAGCCGACGCCGGAGGAGGCAGCCCCGGCAGCGCCAGUCUCCAAACGCCGUCUCACCGAGCAGGAUGCAGUCCUUGUCUGA